GAAGAAGAAGGCGGAGGAGGGGGUGGCGGCUCUUGUGGCUGUCGCGAGGCUCGGGCUGUGGAAGCGGUGGACAGUUGUGCCCGGGCUCGCAGGGCGGGUAAAGUGACCGGGCUCGGGCCAGGCCGCCAUGGGCUCCCAGGUGCUGCACAUUCUGCGCCAGGGUGUGUGGGCGGCUUUGAGCGGUGGCUGGUACCAGGACCCGCACCAGGGUGCCGGGGUUAAUGCUCUGCACCUCUACCUGUGGCUCUUCCUGCUGGGCUUCCCCUUCACGCUAUACAUGGCCCUUCCUUCUUCCAUAGUGAUAGUAGCAAUCUACUGCCCUGUGAUAGCUGCUCUCUUCAUUGUUCUGAAGAUGGUAAACUACCGUCUGCACAGGGCGCUUGAUGAAGGUGAGAUUGUGGAGAAGAAAGCCAGUGAGCGUAUGGAUAGAGGUGCAAAAACAGAACAAGAGAACUCUUCUGCCAGAAGAAAGGACAGUAAUGGACCUAGCGAUCCUGGUGGAGGGAUUGAGAUGUCAGAGUUUGUUCGAGAAGCCACUCCUCCAGUAGGCUGUAGUUCAAGAAAUUCUUUUGCUGGCCUAGAUCUAAAUAACCAGAUUGGAUCUGGUUUAUCUCGUCGUGGAACUGCAGCUACCAUUAAAGGUGAUGCAGAUACUGCAAAGACAUCUGAUGAUAUCAGUCUGAGUCUUGGCCAGAGUUCUAGUCUCUGUAAAGAAGGGAGUGAGGAGCAAGAUUUGGCAGCUGAUCGGAAGGCAUUCCAUCUGGUUUCCAUUGAUUCCUUUGUGUCCAUUCAACCAUCAUUGUCAUCUGCACAGGAGUUGCCAAGGGAUAGCACUGACAAAGUGUGCCUCCCUAAUAACCACCACGUAGAUCAAUCUAUGUCUAAUGCAUGUGACACUGAAAUGGCUUCUCUUGUGCCUUUGCAUUCACACUCCUAUAGGAAAGACCAUAGGCCACGAGGGGUGCCAAGGACUUCUAGUUCAGCUGUUGCUUUUCCAGAUGUGUCACUAAAUGACUUUCCCCUCUAUCAGCAAAGGCGAGGCCUGGAUCCUGUCAGUGAGUUAGAAGCUUCCAAGCCUCGAUCUGGAUCCAAAGAAUCUUUAGCUGAGAACUCUUGUAUUUCUGGAGUCUUUCAACUGGAUGAUAUUCUGAAAUGUAGUAGCCCACAAGUGCUGGCCAAAAGCUGCAAGAGCAAAUCCUUACAAGCUGACAAAAGUGUAGAUAGUCUCAGAAGCCUGAGCACUCGAAGUAGUGGCUCAACGGAGAGCUAUUGUAGUGGCACUGAUCGUGAUACUAUCAGUACUGUCAGCAGCUACAAAAGUGAGCAAACGAGUUCUACUCACAUAGAAAGCAUGUUGUCGGAACACGAGGAGUCAUCUAAAGAAGAGAAGAAAAGCAGCAAGAAAAAGGACUGCUCUGUUGAUUCUGACGAUUGUAGCUUUGCUACUGACAAAAGGACUAGUAGUGAAAGAACUGCUGUAGAAAUGAAUGUUGGCAGUAGCAUUCAAGAACAAGGUGGUUUGAAUGCAUCAGAGGAGGUGCACAAUCAGAGAGCUCUUAGUACCUCUGCUUCAGAAGAAGCAAAUAAGAAUCCUCAUGCAAAUGAACUGACAACACAAGCAGACCAGCUUCCUGGGAAACCUGAGAAAAGAGAUGAGCAGAAAGAGAAAUCUUCUGUGGUUGAUUCAAGAACUUGUAAAGAGAUAGCUGGAAAGCAAAAGGAGGGGGAUGUACGGCCUAAAUCAUGUAGCUUAAUUCACCGGACAUCUUCAGCUCACAAGUCCAGCAGGAGAAGGACAGGGAAAAAACGGGCUAGUAGUUUUGAUACAAGUCGGCACAAAGAAUAUAUUUCCUUCCGAGGUGUAUCUGGUACCAAACCCCACAGUGCAGUUUUUUGUCAUGAUGAGGACUCAAGUGAUCAAAGUGACUUGAGUAGGACCUCAAGCAUGCAGUCAGCCCACCAGUUCAGCAGUGAUAGCUCUUCCAGCACCACAUCCCAUUCGUGCCAGUCUCCUGAGGGAAAGUACAAUGCCCUAAAGACCAAAUAUAUUGCAAAAGAGAGGGGCACAGACUUGGAAAACUCUUACAAAAUCCACCUGGGCUCUGAGGCAAAUGGCAAAAAGCAUUCAACACGACGGACUUCCAACGCAAACAGUGCCAAGAGUCGUACCAGGGUAUUAAGCUUGGAUAGCAGUACUGUAGCCUGCUUGAAUGAUCCAAAUCUAAUGAUGCCAGAUACCAUAAAACAACUAACGACGUCUAAAUCUGAUUUAGAGGCCAAAGAGGGAGAGGUGCUUGAUGAGCUAUCUCUGUUGGGAAGGGCUUCACAACUAGAAUCAGUCACUCGCUCUAGGAAUAGUUUACCAAACCAGGCUAUUUUUGCUGAAGGGGAAGAGCGAGAACAGGGAAAUGUUGCAGCACAAGCCAGUGAGGAUGUGGUCUCAGUUCGUCGUGAGCGCAGCACAUUUAGGCGUCAGGCAGUACGGCGCCGUCACAAUGCAGGGAGUAACCCUACCCCUCCUUCAUUGCUCAUCGGCUCACCCCUAAGCCUUCAAGAUGUUCAGCAAGGGCAGCAGUCCACAACCCAAGUCAAAGUCCAGUCCUGCCCCCAUUCCCAGGCAGCAGUGCUCAGUUCUAGUGCCUCCUUGCUGGUGAGAAAUGGGAGUGUCCACUUAGAAGCAUCACAUGACAAUGCAUCUGCUGUCAGCGGCAGCAGUUUGCACGAUGAACUUGGUAAGUUCAGUUCUACACUCUACGAGACAGGAGGCUGCGAUAUGUCGCUUGUGAAUUUUGAGCCAGCUGUAAGAAGAACAUCUAAUAUCUGUGACACGGAUUCUCAUGUAUCAAGUUCUACCUCAGUUCGUUUUUAUCCACACGAUUUACUUUCCCUCCCCCAGAUCAGGCUGAACAGGCUUUUAACCAUAGAUACAGAUCUCCUGGAGCAUCAAGACAUCGACCUAAGCCCUGACCUACAGGACCAUCUGCAACCUCAAGAGGAAGCAGCCCAAAAAGUCAAACACUAUUAUCGCUUUUGGAUUCUACCCAAGAUUUGGAUUGGAAUCAAUUUUGAUAGACUGACUCUCUUGUCCUUGUUUGAUAGGAAUCGUGAGAUCCUGGAAAAUGUGUUAGCUAUCAUCCUAGCUAUCCAAGUGGCUUUCUUGGGUUCUGUGCUUCUUAUUAAAGGUUUCUUCAAGGAUAUCUGGGUCUUCCAGUUUUGCCUGGUGAUUGCCAGCUGCCAGUAUUCCUUGCUCAAGAGUGUGCAACCUGAUUCUUCAUCACCUCGGCAUGGUCAUAACCGAAUCAUAGCCUAUAGCCGACCUGUUUACUUCUGUAUAUGCUGCAGUCUCAUUUGGCUGUUGGACUAUGGCAGCAAGAGCACUUUUACUGCAAAGUUCCGACUAUAUGGAAUGGCUAUCAGUAAUCCAAUUUUGCUGCUUUCGGCAAGGGACUUGAUUAUAGUGUUUACACUAUGUUUCCCUAUAGUGUUCUUCAUUGGUCUUCUGCCUCAGGUGAACACAUUUGUCAUGUACCUCUGUGAACAGUUAGAUAUUCAUGUCUUUGGUGGCAAUGCGACCACAAGCUUGCUUGCAGCACUUUACAGUUUUAUCUGUAGUAUUGUGGCAGUAGCAUUAUUGUAUGGAUUGUGUUAUGGUGCCCUCAAGGAUUCUUGGGAUGGUCAACAUAUUCCAGUGCUCUUUUCGGUAUUCUGUGGUAUGUUAGUGGCAAUAUCCUAUCAUCUCAGCAGACAGAGUAGUGAUCCUUCUGUGCUGUUCUCUUUAGUGCAAUCAAAACUUUUCCCUACUUCGGAAGAUAAAAAUCCAGAGGAUCCACUGUCUGAAGUUAAAGACCCAUUACCUGAAAAACUUAGGAAUUCAGUGAGUGAACGCUUGCAGUCUGAUCUUGUGGUGUGCAUAGUCAUUGGUGUACUUUAUUUUGCAAUUCAUGUCAGCACAGUUUUCACAGUAUUGCAGCCUGUCUUGAGCUAUGUUUUGUACGCAUUGGUGGGCUCAGUCGGCUUUAUGACUCAUUAUGUACUGCCUCAACUUCGGAAACAGCUCCCUUGGCACUGUUUUUCUCACCCACUGUUGAAAACCAGGGAAUACUAUCAAUUUGAAGUCCGCAAUGCUGCACACGUGAUGUGGUUUGAGAAACUUCAUAUAUGGCUUCUUUUUGUGGAGAAGAAUAUUAUCUACCCUUUGAUAGUCCUCAAUGAGCUCAGUAGCAGUGCAAAAGCUAUUGCUAGCCCAAAAAGACUGGAUACAGAAUUUGGUGCUUUAAUCAUUACUAUUGCUGGUAUGAAGCUGUUGCGUUCCUCUUUCAGCAACCCAACCUACCAGUACAUUACUGUCAUUUUCACAGUGCUUUUCUUUACAUUUGACUACAAACAUUUCUCGGAGACUAUGCUGCUAGACUUGUUCUUCAUGUCAAUACUCUUCAGCAAGCUUUGGGAGCUUUUCUACAAAUUGAAGUUUGUAUACACUUAUAUUGCUCCUUGGCAAAUCACAUGGGGAUCUGCAUUCCAUGCUUUUGCCCAACCCUUUGCUGUACCACAUUCUGCAAUGCUGUUUGUCCAAGCAGUUGUGUCUGCAUUUUUCUCUACUCCACUAAACCCUUUUUUGGGAAGUGCAAUAUUCAUCACUUCUUAUGUCAGACCUGUCAAGUUUUGGGAGCGAGACUACAACACAAAACGAGUGGACCACUCAAACACAAGAUUGGCUUCUCAGCUUGAUAGAAAUCCAGGGUCAGAUGACAAUAACUUGAAUUCAAUCUUCUAUGAACACUUAACUCGGUCCCUUCAGCACAGCCUGUGUGGAGACCUGCUCCUUGGACGUUGGGGGAACUACAGUACCGGAGACUGCUUUAUCCUUGCUUCUGACUACCUCAAUGCACUAGUACACCUUAUAGAGAUAGGCAAUGGAUUGGUCACCUUCCAACUGAGAGGGCUUGAAUUUAGAGGAACAUAUUGUCAGCAACGAGAAGUAGAAGCCAUCACUGAGGGUGUAGAGGAAGAUGAAGGGUUUUGUUGUUGUGAACCUGGUCACAUCCCUCACAUGCUAUCUUUCAAUGCUGCUUUUGGCCAACGCUGGCUGGCCUGGGAGGUUCUGGUAACAAAAUAUGUCUUGGAGGGUUACAGCAUCACAGACAACAGCGCUGCAUCCAUGCUUCAAGUCUUUGAUCUUAGAAAGAUACUCACUACAUACUAUGUCAAGGGUAUCAUCUAUUAUGUAACUUCAUCCCCCAAGCUAGAGGAAUGGUUAUCAAAUGAAACAAUGCAGGAAGGGUUGCAGCAAUGUGCCGACCAAAACUUUGUUGAUGUGGAUCCUACAUUUACUCCUAAUAUUGAUGAGGACUAUGACCACCGUCUAGCAGGGAUCUCCAGAGAGAGUUUUUGUGUCAUUUAUCUGAAUUGGAUAGAAUACUGCUGCUCUCGAAGAGAAAAGCCAUUGAAUGCAGAUAAGGACUCUUCCCUGGUGACCCUUUGCUAUGGACUGUGUGUUCUUGGCCGGAGAGCUCUGGGGACUGCUUCACAUCAUAUGUCUAGUAAUCUGGAAUCCUUCCUGUAUGGGCUCCAUGCCUUGUUUAAAGGAGAUUUUCGUAUCUCAUCAAUUCGAGAUGAAUGGAUCUUUGCAGACAUGGAACUACUGAGGAAAGUAGUGGUCCCAGGAAUACGCAUGUCAUUAAAACUGCAUCAGGAUCAUUUCACAUCUCCAGAUGAAUAUGAUGACCCUGCUGUUCUCUAUGAAGCUAUCACAUCUCAUGAACAAAACCUGGUUAUAGCUCAUGAGGGAGACCCUGCUUGGAGAAGUGCUGUCCUGUCCAAUUCUCCAUCUCUGCUUGCUCUUCGCCAUGUGAUGGACGAUGGCACCAAUGAAUACAAAAUCAUCAUGCUGAACAAGCGCUAUCUAAUCUUCAGAGUCAUUAAAGUAAAUAAGGAGUGUGUGCGUGGCCUUUGGGCUGGGCAGCAGCAGGAGCUGGUCUUCUUGCGUAAUCGGAAUCCAGAAAGAGGGAGCAUCCAGAAUGCAAAGCAGGCUUUAAGGAACUUGAUAAACUCAUCUUGUGAUCAACCUAUUGGAUAUCCAAUUUAUGUGUCACCUCUGACGACUUCUUAUUCAGAUAGUCAUGAGCAGCUCAGAGAGAUUCUUGGAGGUGCCAUCAGUUUGGGAAACAUCAAGAACUUCAUAGUAUCUACAUGGCACAGGUUAAGAAAAGGCUGUGGUGCUGGCUGCAACAGUGGGGGAAACAUUGAAGACUCAGAUGCUGGAGGUGGAGCUUCCUGCACAAGUAACAGUGCCACUGUCAAUGACUCUCAAAGCAGCGUUUCUCAAGGAGGAGGAAAUGUCACCGUUGGACAGACCCCUGGAACAGGACUGCAUCCUCCUGUCACAUCUCCCUCUGCCACUCUAGGCACCAGCCAUAGUGCUCAUUCUGUGCAGUCCAGCCUUGUCAGACACUCCCCUGCCUGUGCCUCAGUUGCCAGCCAGUCAUCUUAUUGCUACAGCAGUCGUCAUUCAUCCCUCCGCACGUCCACUACUGGCUUUGUGCCUUGCCGACGCUCUUCCACCAGCCAGCUCUCUCUCCGCAACCUUCCAUCAUCCAUCCAGUCACGUCUGUCCAUGGUGAACCAAAUGGACCCCCCUAGCCAGACAGGUGUUGUCAACGUGCAACAUGGCCUGCCUUCCUCGAGCAGCUCCAGCCAAAGCAUCCCAGCCUGCAAACAGCAUGCCCUUGUUGGCUUUCUAGGGGCAGAUGGAAUGAAUAAUGUUACUGAUACACAGCCGGGUACAAAUGUGAGCUCUGUAAAUCAGAUACAAACCAAAAGGGAUGAUGUUAUUUACAGAAUUCAGAUAAUAGAUCCAAGCCAAGUACUGGAAGGGAUUAACUUGUCCAAAAGAAAGGAACUGCAGUGGCCAGAUGAGACAAUACGGCUAAAAGCUGGAAGAAACAGUUGGAAAGACUGGAGUCCUCAGGAAGGCAUGGAAGGCCAUGUGAUUCACCGUUGGGUGCCUUGCAGCAGAGAUCCAGGGAGUAGAUCUCACAUAGACAAAACCAUCCUGCUGGUCCAGAUCGAAGACAAAUAUGUUGCUGUGAUUGAAACGGGAGUUCUGGAACUUGGGGCUGAAGUGUGAGCUGCUUGGACAGUUUAGCUUCUUGUCCCUCUCUAAAACAUUGAGAAAUGAGGUUGGGUUCUCAGGAGGAUGCUCCUCAUGCCUCAAGUAAUAGGAAAAGACUUGAAAACCAAGUGGUUGUGUGUCAAUCUCUGGCUCAAAAUAAUUAAGGGGUGUUUUUAUUUUUCAAGUUAGCUACUGAGGAAAUCAUUUUGCAUGAAGUAAUGUGACAUAUCUUUUGUUUUAUACUUUAUUUUAUGCAUUGCAAAGCUUUAAAAGAAUCCCAUGUUUUCCAGUUUUAAAAUAGGACAUUUUUCUGUUGGUUUUGCCGAAAGUGGCCAUGUUUUGUCACAGUAAUAUGGAUUCCAUUCAUCUUUUUUUUAAAGCAACUUAGUAGCUUACAAAUCUUGAGUUCAGUGUGAAGCAGAAUGGAGGGUUUAUUUAUGGCGAGGGUGACCAGACUUAAAAAGAUUCUUAUUCCUUGUGAGCGAAAAAAUUCAAUGAGAAAACUGCACUAAUUUUUUAUGGCAAUGCACUAAAAAAGUCUGAGAUUGCUCAGAACAUUUAUUUAUAUAUGUAUAUAUAACUAUAUAAAAUAAGAAAAUACCAUUAUUUAAAUUGCCUUUGGGAUAACCCCCUCCCACGCCCUAUUCAUAUUGUUGGUAGGACCUGUGCCAUUGAUUUCAUUUUUGGCUUAAUAUACUAGAUCGUGCACCAGUGCAUUCAUACUGUCCUGUUAACGAUAUAUGGUGGAGUACCAAACUAUAGAAUAAAAUGCCAGAGGUUGCCACUCCUGGGAAAACCAAUUGUUGGCACAAAUGUGUAGUAAUUUCAUCUUUUUAUGAAGCGUCCACAUAACUGUUCAUUUUCUUCCUUUACAUUUUGGCUGCUUUCCAGUUCUGACCAAUAUGCUAUUGGUGUCCUUUGGAAGAAAUUUCCCUUUUUUUAAGAGGAGUUAGAUGAGGCCCAGUGUUUUAAAUGGUAUUCUAUGUGUAUUUGGACUUCUUCCUAUAUUCAGUCUGACGAAGCAGCUUAAGGUGGUGGUGUUUUAAUUAAAGGAAAAAAUACAGGAGGCUCAACCUGACCGUCAUAUCAUUUGUACCGUUUCACCUUUUAGCUCACUUUACCCAUUCUUUUCUGUGACUUGAAUUUUAUUUUCAGUUAUUAGAUAUUCUAUAAUGACUGUACUUUGAGUAUAACUGUGAACUUGAAUUAUGUUGCAUAUCUUAGGUUUUACUGUGUUUGGGUUUUUUUUCCAGUAUGUGUGCUUUCAGGGAAACAAGUUACUCAAACAGCAUUGGGAUGAGGAGAGGAAGCUGCAGCUCCUUAAUUUGCUGCUUCUAUGUCUUGCUCCACAGCAUUCAUGCAAGUUGUAUAUGUACAUAUUGUUUCCUGUGUGUGAUCUGGAACUUUGCGGGGCUCAGUAAGAAACUGAACACAAUCCAUAGUUGUAGCUUUUAGAAGCAGCCAUCUUUUUAUUUUCAGUAUUACCUAAGUUAAAAUGAUUUAUGGGUAAUCUUGCAAAAUUAAAAUCAUUACCUACUAAUGAAAGAGUUGACAUUCUCAGGGCCUAAUAUAACUUGUCCAAUGCCAUGAAUAAUAGUCUUUGCACUGGGCAAAGUGUCAAUACAUUGAGAAUGUUGCUCAUAGUGAAAUUAUGAUCUUGAAAAGAUCACAUGCUGUGCAAUGUUUUCCAUUUCCUAAUGCUGUGGGUUUCAUUGCUGCAGAUCAUUCUUGUCAUGCAUGUGAAAUCAAAGACUUAAUUUUGGAAAAACAUGCGUUCAAUGAACGCAAGAAAACCUUUGAUAAGAAUUUGUUGUUCUGGCCUGGACUACAGUCUGUGUGCAUUAAUUAACACAUGAAUGUCUGAAUGUCUUCACUUUAGCUCUUGACUAUAGUGGCAUUUUCAUCAUUUUACAGGCAUGAGAGAAGCAAGCCUCUAUGUUGACAGGUCAUUCUUGACUCCCUUCUGAAUUGACAAUUAAAUUAAUAAAUAUGUAUCACACCCAUCUUGGGUUUCCCAAGGAUAGUAAAAAAAAAGGGCAAACCAAUCUUUUUAGAAAAUAAUUAGUGAUCUCACACAUAUCCAUCAGUAAAAGUUUUUUUAUAUAAAAAGUGCCGGCUUGACUAAAGCAGUGACUUGAGUACAACAUGGCAGCUUGCCUUUGUUAGAUUUUUAUAAAAACAAGAUUCUGCUUUCCCAUUUUUAAUAUCUAGCAAGAAACAAACACCCUACAAAUCUGUGACAGAUAUUACACGCUGCUUGCACUUGAUUUGAGACUAGAAAUUUAACGAGAUGGUAAUUUUAAGGCUGCUGGUGUGUUCAUAUGUAGAUCCAUUUAUAAUUUGAUAGGUUCAGUUGUUGAACACAUGUCUCUGGGAUGCAAAUCAUUUGAACGUGAUUUCAGUUGCACUAGUAUUAGGUAUAAAUCUCCUUAGGCAGCAGUGAAUGUCUCACAAGGAAAUACACAACUCCAGUUUCACCCUCCAGUUUCUUAGCUUGCUGAUAUGCCAUUCAUUUGGAAAUGGAGCUCUGGGAUUCUAGGUUCUUAAUGUAUGACACCUACAUUAAUUACAUGACCAGAACAUAUGAAAUUUCUACCCCAAAUCUUUCUACUUUUCUCUAUGCAUGCUGCAUUAGAUGGACUUGUUAACCAAAAAGAUUAAAUUUCUACACAACUUUCAUUAUAUGGAGGCAUAUUCUUGGUGAAUUAUAACUUCUUCAGCAAAAUGUGCAAUUAAAAAAAAUUCUUAGCACUUUUCAACAAAACUAUUUGCCAUUCAAUACUCUGGCAAUGUUGUAUGUAGCUGAUAAUCUGCUAGAUUAAUUUCUCUCCAUGCUUAAACUAGCCUUUGUGGAUAUAUAUCUAGGAAUAUUUUGUGAAAGUCAGUUUUUCUAAAGGUGAUAUUUAUAAAUGUAUACUGACUACCCAGUUAAACAUAUCUUUAAACAUAGAAGCAUGCUUAACUUCCCAGUUAAUAUGCUGGGAAAAUAAAGCAAAACCUUUUCUUACCUCAUUUUGAAAUGCUUUGAUUUUUCUUACAGACACAAUCCUACUCAUAUCUAAUAUUGCAGUAGGGAACUGCAGACUUUCUUGUAAACCAGAAACUGCAAGAGUUCUCAGUAGAAGUGUUGUUCUUUGUUUUUGUUUUUUAAUUCCUUAUAGGAUCUCACAUGUUUCUGAUCUAAAUUCUGUCAUGACUUUAUCUCCCAAUCUUGCUGUUUGGGAGCUGAUGUUUGCAAAACUGCGUGAAAAUGCCGAAUAAAUGUACAGCUGGAAUGGUAUGGGCAAGAGGCCUUUAAACUUUGCGUUGGGACAAAAUAUUAUCAAAAUAGGCAGUGAAAUGCUUUAUUGUAAGACCUGAUAACCCAGUGAUGUCAGUCUUCCAGUUAAAAGGCCCUUUUUUAAAAAGAAAAGAAAAGCUAAUACCUUAACUAAAUGGAAUAGUAUAAAUGGUAGAGUCUUUCAAAGCAUGUAGAAAUGCUUCAUAUUGGGUAUGGGGUUAUGCCACCAUGGUAUUAUAUACCUAAUUUUACUAAGGGAAUUUUUCUUACCUAUCAUAUAGGUUUCUACUUGUCUGGCUUUAAUUGGUGUUUAAUAACAUGAUGCCUUUUGCUCUGUGAUGCUAGACAGUGUGUGAAAUUAUAGCAGUAUUUAACAUGUGCCUUAGUAAAAUGAUGGUAGGUACAUAACACCUUGGUGCGAACUACAGCCCUCAACUAGUUUUCACCCAGAUUUUUUUAAAAUACUAUUUUUAAGAUGGCUGCUCCAAAAGGCUUCAGGGGUGCAAUGCAAACUUUUUAAAAACUAGCCAUUUAGACUUUUGACUGUGUAUACACACAGCCCAGUACAGUUGCUCAAGUAUGACUUCAGCAGAUGGAAAUCAAAAAGCUUGAAGGUCAAACUUGUUAGCAUUCUUAUGAAACUUAACCUGACAAUGAACUGCUGAUGAUUAAAUAGAGGCAGGAGAUAUAAAAUAUAGCAAGCAGGAAAGGGUGAAUUGAGUUUGAAAUGGGAUGUGGAAUAUGUACUUUGCAUCUACCAGCAUAUCAAGAUCUUGCCAGGGAUAGGGGUAUGUGUACUUGGUGUGUGUUAGUGAGUGUGUGUGUAUGUCUGCGUGUGUGUUGUCGAAAACAGCCUGUAAAUAUUGUAGCUGUUUAAAACUGAGAAAAGCUGAUGGGGUUUGUUUGCAACAUGCAUUGAAAAGGACAGUAUUGACAGUGAAGAAACACUGAAAUAAAAAAAAUCUUUUUCCUCUUGU